GGAACUGUACGAAAGUAUUUUUUAAUUUUCAACCUUUCCAGCCCGAAAUACCUGUCGUUUUACGUUUUUCAAGCGGGUUGAACCCAGAUGCUGUCAAUGUUGAUGUGAACUCUCAAUUAGCAAGCUGAAAUAAUGAUCCCAGACCAUGUUAGAAAUCGACGCGCUGGGGCAAACAAAGGUCAUCCAAUGAGAAAUGUCCGUAUAGUAGUGUCUGAUGCUGCAGCAACCAUCCGCAGAUUAUCAUGGCGAACAAAAUGUUUCUUACUGUCGACUUUAUUUUUAUCAAUGUAUAUCUAUGGCAGUCUUAUCCUGUCCCUUACUCGAAAUCAUUUAGCGGAUGACGCUUUUCUCCAGACUGAUAAAUGCCCUGCCUGCUAUGGACACAGUCUGUGUCCGGCUUUUAAAGACAGUCAAAUCAAAUUAAAAGGUUGGUCACAGGUUCGACUUCUUGACUUUGUAAAUAUAAAAAAUGUACAUUUUGCUGAACAUGAACACCUCGGACAUACCAUGGUUCUAAAAAAAUUGGCUCAUGACAAAGAACUUGAUAAAAUUGAUGAGAAGUUAUGUAAAGAUGCUGUCCGUCCAGUAGGAUGUGAUGUUGCCCGGGUCCUGAUGAGAACAAAUACUGGGGACGAGAUUCGACGUCUAGGACUUUUGCCAAAGCAUCUCAAAGGGACAGCAUCCAUGUUCUCAUGUCCAACAUAUAAUCUGAUCGACAAAGUGCUUGAAAAUUACAAGGAAAAGUUGAAACCAGAUGACCCGGAAGUGAUGACGAGGGACAAGCUACAACUCUAUGUGACGGCUAUUACCAACCCGGAGCCCUUGAUGCUCCAGACAUUCCCUUCCUCAGAAGGUUGGCCGUUUCCUGAAUAUUUUGGGGCUUGUGGGAGAUUUAUUGCUGUCAGCUAUGAAGGAGAUCCUCUAUACCAGUACUAUAAUGCUCCCUGGCCAAAAAGGGCUGAUCUUGCAUACCAGAUCAUGAAGAUGGCAGACAGACUGACCAACAGUGGUCAAGACUUCGCCCUGUACAUGACUGACCUUAACUACGAAAAUCUGGUGGUAGAUGAGGCAGGGAAAGUUACGCUUAUCGACCUUGAGAAUAUCAUAGUGGUUGACAGGACAGCCAUACAAAGAUUGAAGACACCUGUGUGGAAUAAACUACAUGAAAACAGUUUUGACGAAUGCGAUGGAAAAAACUGUCUGACCUUCUCAACAGAAGAUUUGUGCUCUAGAAUGGAUUCUGAUCUAAACUACUAUGCCGUGUGUAGAAACCUUUUAUCAAAAUAUGCAAAUGAGGAAGACUUGGGCAUGCCGAGUGGACUCCUGCAUGACAUGCCGAACUUUGCAGUGGAUGAUUGGGACCUUGAACACUUGCUUAAUGAAUGUGUACAUCCUACAACAGCUGAAGGUCGCAUUAAAGCCAAGCAACAAAUUAUUCAUGCCUUGGAGAAUUUACGCAACGUUGAAGAUACUAGGGAUGCAGCCCAUCGUAUCACCUAGGACAAGUUGUGUCAAUCUGAAUUUUAUUCUUUUAUUUUGACAUAUGUAUAAGGAUUUAUUAAGAAAAAUAAUGCUAGAAGAAAAAGUGCUAAGCUUAUUUUGAACACAAUCAGUAAUUGUUAACUUAUUUUGCAAGCAUCUGAAACGUUUGUUUCCUUUGUCAAGCGAAUUUCAAAUGACCAGUGUCUCGACUCUAAACCGCUGAAAACAACUCGCUAAUAAAAAGCACAGUGUGCCGAGUCAGUAAAGUCAGCUGUCAGAAUAAUAUUGAGGUGUCCAAAUAGCAUCUGGUUCUAAAUGGCAGAAACAUGCUUUAAGCCAAUAGCUAUAUAUCCAUAUCAACAAUACAAUUUUUACAGUUUUUCAGUUUCAAUUUUCUCGUAAAUUAUUCAGUAAUAAUACAGUUGUUCAUUACUAGAAAUUACAGGAUAUUUGAAAUUCAUCAUUUUUUUCCUGGCUCUUCCAAUGCAUUUCAAAACAUUUAAAACAUCCAUCACUCGUUGGGGUUAUCAAUUCCUUCAGUCCACAACUUGAUAACUGAAAAAUGUUUCUUUGUAAAAAACAUUUGUAACAAGUAUGGAUUUUCUGAGAGUAUCAACUUAUUUUAUUUGAUGAAUAUAUUUUUUCUAAUAAAAAGGUGUAUUUAAGAUAACAAGAUUAACAGCAAUUUUAAUUCAAUCUACUUAAUGUUUUAAGAAAAUACUCUUUUUGUUAUAGGGUCAUAUAUAUUGCCAUACUAAAAAAAAAAAUGUGAUAUAUACAAAUGUACAUAUUAUGUACAAUACUUUAAAACGUUUCACAAUAUAUUACAAUGUUUUUCUAAAUUUUGAAAUAAUACUUUUUAUCUGUUUUUUACUGUUUCUUUGAACUAUGAUGACAUCAUUUUUUAAAUUUUUGCUUUUGUUAAAAAAAAAAAAGUUUUUUAAUAUGUUAUAAUGAAAAGUAUCGAUAUUGCGAGAGACAUUCAAGAGACAUUGACUAACCAGUCUCUAAUAUCUUUAAAGGCUGAUUGGAUGAACAAAUCCAGAUGCGAAUUAGUAUCAUAGAAAAUUGAGUUCCAGUGUAGAGUUGUACAGACCUAAUGUGUUGUAGAUGGUGAUUCCUGUUUUCCGUAUCAGAGCUGUAUGGUUGUAUUUUUAUUGUGAGAGAGAAUGAUGUUAAUUAUAAUUAUUACAAUAAGGUCAUUGUGUAAAUCAUCUCUUUCAUUUAUCCAGAUCCAAACGGUUGAACAGGUUGGACUAGAGUUGUUCGUUACUGAAAUAAGGUCAGACCUACUGUAUAGUAAACUGAUGCUGCUUCUGGCGAGCUUUGACAAAGCCUUGUGAGGUCUGCAUAAACAUUUCAAGGUCUGUCAGGAUUUAUACCCGAAGAUGUCGCAUUUAAAAACAGACAAACCGGUUGUUCCACAUAUUAAAAUGAACAGGCCCUUAGUUUAUAAAACUUUAGUCACAACUAUUUUACAUAAUAUUUAGCAUUGAAAGUAAAGGCAAUCUGUUCCAGAACAUUAGUAAAUGGAAAAUUUCUCCUAUGCAUUAUCUAGGUUUCAUCACUCCUAGCCAGGGUUCUAUUUCUCCUAUACUGCUAUAGGAUUCAACACUCUUAGCAGGUAGUUUAUUUCUGCCAUCCCACUGUUCAUUAUGAACUUGAAACCCUUUAUUUAUUCUUUUAGUCUUUUGGAGAACCAUGAUACUCAAUUGAUGAUGACUGAUCAUCUUUUUUUAUUUUUUGUUUUUAUGCCUCUUCAUAAAAAUGGGAAACAGGGGUGGGGUGUGUAUGUGUGAGUGGAGGGGGGUGGGGGCUAAACUGUUACCUAUGUCCGUCCUGCCUUGUCAUAGUUCAUUGUCACCGCCACAGGGGCAAUGCACAGACUUAGCCCCGCCCCUUAUAUUCUGAUAUAGUGUCUUUAUAGGCAAAUAGGGAAUGGGGGUUAGUCUGUGCAUUCACACUGUGGUCACGGCUCUACCAACUUUAUUUCUUAACAGAUUUGCAUUAAAGUUUAUACAAAGAUCAAGUCUGAGUAUGUCUUGAAAGAGUCCACAUUCAGGGUAUCAAGGUCCAUGUCAAGCCAAGGUCACUUGCUAUACGUCAACCAUUGCUAUUUUGUAAAAAGACUCAUUGUCAUCAGUUUACCCACGUACGGGCCAGGGAGCUAAGGUACUCAGUCUUAUAGACAUUUCUAGCUGUGAGUUAGUUUUUAAACAUUGUUAAUAGCACUAAUUAAAGGUCUUACUUAGGUUAAACUUCUGAAUCGACCCAAUGAAUGAUCUUCGGAUGUAAACUGUAAUUUCCAUUUGGAUAUCCUCUACGUACAUAGUCAUUUAAUCUUGUCAAUUCUUGGGCUAGCAGUUUUUGUCUUUGAAGGUUCUUUGAAUUGGUUCUGUAUGCCCAUUUAAUAGUACUUAUAACGGUACCUCUGUUUCAUACCAUAGUUUUUGCAGGGGAUUCAAUUUUGCAAUAUUUGUGGUCACCAAAGAUAGCGCAAUAUUAAUUACCCAGCAAAUAUUAAUAUCAUGAAUAUGCAAAGAAUAAUGACGAUGAAAUACCUAUUUGAUAUCGUUUUUCAUGAUUUUUUGAUACAACACUUAAAAUAAAUCCCAAGACCCAAAUGCAAAAUACCCUUGUGAGCGCAAUAUAUUUCACCUCGCAAAGUUGCACAAAAUUUGAGCAUGAAGGAAUCAGAUUAUAUGGCAAAGCUAUUUAGGAAAGAAUUAGCUAUAGUGUCUUAUAGUGCAUUAUCUAAUAAUAAAUAAUAAUAUAAAACAUUUGAUAUAGCGCCCUAUUUAGCUAUUUACCUAGAAUAAGCCACCCCCAAGCGCUUUACAUUACAUUACAAAGAUAUACAAUUGAUACAAUUAGCAUAUACAUUAAUCAAUACAAUGUUUGAGGAAUUCGCAGGAGCUGCCUUAUCAGGUGCUAACUACUAGUCCUAUGCCACCAGGCUAAUAUAUCCCUCUGUUUGUAUGCCUGCUGUGUGCUGGAGAUGUAUUGUGUUCUGUUUGUAGUGGGGCUGUGCUUCCAAUGGCAUCAUUUAUAGAACCACCUC